AUGGUGACUUGUUUGGGAGCUGGAGGAGGAGUCCUCUACUCGCUACUCGACUACUGCCCACUGCAUGCGCGGUCUUUCCGUCUGUUCGCUGUGCAGAUAAGCUUCUCCAUUGCCCCUUCCCACUCCACGCCCCCACCGCCUUGCCCAAUCCUCCCUCGCCUGCCCCGCGCGCGUGCUCACCGACGCCCACACGAGCAGCAGCAACUGCAGCAACAGCAGCAGCAGCAACAACAGCAACAGCAGCAGCAACAGCAGCAGCACAACAGCAAAAACACCAACAACGUCCACAACAAGAUGCGCAGAUAUAGGCCUGCUGGAGGUCCAGUGCGGGCUCAUGGCGUCGCGCCCAUCCCAGACCCCUUUGCCAUGGUGCGCGAGUUCGACAAGCACGCCAAUCCCACACAGCCCAUCAGACCCUCGCCGCUGGCUGCGUCCACAAUCCAGGGCCUGCCCCUCGAUCUGCUCGAACGACUACGCUCCUUUCCCCUCUUCCAGACCGCCGACGAGCACUUCCUCACCCAAAUCGGCCUCCACCUCAAGCCCCAGCUCUACCAGCCACACGACACCAUCCUCACCGAGGGCGAGACGGGCAAGGCCAUGUACUGGCUCGUCCGUGGCGCCGUCCGCGUCACCUCACGCGACCAGGAGAGCACCUAUGCAGAACUCAAGCCCGGCGCCUUCUUUGGCGAGAUUGGCAUCCUCAUGGACAUUCCCCGCACCGCCACCAUCAUCGCCAACAUGCGCUCCCUCGUCGUCCGGCUGAACAAGGAGGACCUGAUGAAGGAGCUGCCCCGCUUCCCCGAAGUCGAAACCGCCAUCAUGCACGAAGCCCAGGAGCGGCUGGCCAUUUUGCACCGCAAGAAGCAGGAGCUCGGCGCAAAACGGCCCAUGAUGCCCGUCCGCCACAUCACCGGCAAGCGCGACCGCGACGACGGCGACGGACAGGGCGACGGCGACGGCGACGUCGUCAUGGCAGAAGGCGGGACGCUGCGCGAGGGCGAGAGCAACGCGUUCAAGAAGCGCAAGUCGCCCAGCCCUGGUCUCACCGAGGCCGUUGCCCACAGCGCCUUCGGAAGCGGCAGUGUGCAUGUGAGACCUCUGCUCAAAGAACUGCCUCUCUUCUCCGAACUCCCUGACGACAUCCUGCACUUCAUCGGUAUGCGCGCCCAACCGCGCUCCUUUGACCCCUUUACCGAUAUCAUCAAGCAGGGCACCCAGGGCCGCGACGUCUUCUUCAUCGUCAAGGGCGAGGUCGAGGUCAUCCACAUGAACCCCCCGGAGCAGAAUGGCCACUCGUCGCCCAACGUCGGCCGCAGGAAAUCCAUUGCCGCCGGCGAGCACCACGUCCAGGAAGUCAAGGCGCGACUGAGGGCCGGCCAGUACUUUGGCGAAGUCGUCAGUCUCUCGCUCGCGCCCCGGCGAACGGCAACCGUGCGCUCCGUCUCGGCCGUCGAAUGUCUGAUGAUCAGCGGGGAUACGUUGAACCGGCUGUGGGAAAAGUGUACGCCAGACGUGCGACGGCAGGUCGAAUCGGUGGCCAGAGAACGGCUGCAGAGUGCAAGAGACAAGGAUGUGGAGAUGGCGGAUGCGAGCAGCACACCGAACAUUGAUGAUUUGGCGAUAGCAGACUCGACGACGAAGACGGCCACCACCACACCGCGAACCCCGCGGCGCAAGAGAAGUGUCCCGUCUGUGACGUUCAACGAGCCCACGACUGCCAUGGACAGCCCCAUGACGCCGACACGGCGGGAGGACAAGAUGAUGGAACCCUACGACCCCGACCCCUUUCUCAAUGUAGACCUGGACAAUGUGCGAUCUAGAUCUCGGAGAGGAUCACUGGCACCGCCCACGCCCGGAUCGAUGCAUGCGCUCGACCCGCCGCCGCCGCCGCCUAGUCCGACGAAGAGCGACUUUGGCAAACCAGCUUCCACCUCUGUUUCACCGCUUGCCCCCUCGCCCUUGUUGCUGCCGAAACAUGCCUCCACCCCACCAGAAGCCCCCUUUGAUUACAAGCGUCCCCGAAUGAUCCAUCUACCGAGUCGACAGAGCAGAGGGAGACUGCCAGACCCCGUCCUCACCCACGUAUUCCAGUACCUAAACAUCCACGAGCUGAUGAAGCUCCGCCAAAUCUCCUCGCACUGGCACAGGACCAUAUCCACCAGCCCCGAUAUCCUGCACGACCUCGAUCUCACCAAAUUCAACCGCAAAGUGACGGACCGCUCGCUCGUCGAUGUGAUUUGUCCCUUUGUGGGCAGCCGCCCCCGCUACGUCAACAUCAGCAACUGCUUCCACGUCACCGACGAGGGGUUUGGAGCCCUCGCCAGCACCUGCGCUCCCAACGUCAAGGUCUGGCGCAUGAAGAGCGUCUGGGACAUCACCGGCCCCGCCGUUCUCGACAUGGUGCAAAAGGCAAAGGGGCUCGAAGAAGUGGAUCUCAGUAAUUGCAGAAAGGUGGGCGACAACCUGCUCGCGAGGGUGAUUGGCUGGGUAGUCCCCGAACUCCCUCCUCAGAUGGCAGGGGCACACGCACAGCAGCAAGUCCAAGUCAACGGCCGCCGCCCACACAAUGGCAAGGCCGCCAACGGACAGCCCGUCCCACAGCCACUCCCGCCUGGCACGGUGGUUGGAUGCCCGAGACUCCGUCGCCUGACACUCAGUUACUGUAAACACAUUACAGACCGGAGCAUGGCACACAUCGCCGUGCAUGCGGCGAAUCGCAUCGAGAGCAUUGACCUCACGCGGUGCACGACGAUUACGGAUGUCGGCUUUCAGCACUGGAGUGUCUAUCCGUUUCCGCGCUUGACGCGGCUCUGUCUGGCCGACUGCACGUAUUUGACGGACAAUGCGAUUGUCUAUUUGACGAAUGCAGCCAAGGGGUUGAGGGAAUUGGAUCUGUCCUUCUGCUGCGCCCUCUCCGACACAGCAACCGAAGUCCUCGCCCUCGGCCUGCCCUCCCUCACCCACCUCAACCUCGCCUUUUGCGGCUCCGCCGUCUCAGACACCUCGCUUCGCUGCAUCUCCCUCCACCUCCUCGAACUCCGCCACUUGAGCGUUCGCGGCUGCGUUCGCGUUACGGGGACGGGGGUCGAGGCCGUGGUCGAGGGGUGUAGGGAAUUGGAGCGGUUUGAUGUUAGUCAGUGUAAGAAUUUGGGGCGCUGGUUGGAGGCGGGGGGGGUGGAGGGGGUUAGGGGGAUGGGCAGACGGGUUCGGUUUGAGACGGUUGCGGAUGGGAGGUGGAGGGAUGGGAGGGGGUGA